AUGCCCAUGCCACUGCCUGGCUCAGACAGUGUGGUAUCCGGAGCAUUCGAACCUCUGCUUGAUAUGGGACCAGGAAGAAAUUCGUUAAUCGGGUUACCCGACCAUCAGGAGAAGUUUACCCUUUUCGUGGUGAGCUGGAUGCUGGCGUUGCGGUGGAUCGAGCAAAACGUGACGAAGUAUCGAGAGUCGAGGGCACCAACAGCGGAAUCAAUAUAUGCCAUUGAUUACAACCGGAGGCUUGAGUUGUUUGAGACUGCGUGCAAAGUAUUCUCUAUACCUAUGGAGCUAGAUGACAGCAAUUACCGUGAUUGGGGUUGGUACAUGAAGAGGUACUUGCUGGACAAAGUUUUGUUUGAUUUUGUGUAUGGAACCAUAGCACAACCAGAAGAUGCUACUGCAGUUUCAGCGUGGCAGCGUGAGGACAGGAAAGCACUCGUAGCAGUUUGUUUAGCUGUUGAACCUUCACAGAGAGUCCAUGUGAUGGGGACAGAGACGUCCAAGGCUGCGUGGGACGCAUUAAGAAAGAGCAGAAGUCUUCGACUCCAAGAGUGUCACAAUUGUGGGAAGAUAGGCCACAUUGCGAAAAACUGCUGGAAGAACGGUGAUGCGAAAGGAGGGCAGUCAAAAGCUGCAGUUGCAGUUGCAUUUGCCUAUGAGGAGGAGGAAGAGAUAGCGCUGAAGUGUUGGACGAAGCAUAGCAAAGUUAGUGUGAGUAGUUGGAUUAUUGACUCAGGAGUAUCUCAGCAUAUGACUCCGAUCUUAGAUCUUAUCGACAAUUACAAGAAGUACGAAGUUCCGCGAGCAGUCAAGUUGGGCAACGACGCCGUUAUCCGAGCUAAUGGCCGCUGUUAUAUAUCAGUCAAACUGAAGAAUGGAGAGACACCAAAUUCGUUGAAGAAAGCCGCAAGCAGUGAAGUAGUUCUCGGGAUGGGGAAUGUUGCGUACGAGAAUCUCAAAUGUGAGAGUUGUGCAGAUGGCAAACAGCACAAGACAUCGUUUCCGAAGUCAGUUAACCAGUCGUCAGAGUUAUUACAAGUUGUGCACAGUGAUGUUUGUGGACCAAUGAAAACAUACUCACUUGGUGGUUCGAGAAACCUUGUAACUUUUAUUGAUGAGAAGUCCAAGUAUGUACGUGUGUAUUUCAUGAGUCACAAGAGUGAGGUCACGGAAGUUUUCAAGAAGUUCUGCAACAUGGCAGAGAAUCAGAAAGAGGGACGAAUCAAGAUUCUGAGAAGUGACAAUGGAGGAGAGUACCGUUCGAAAGAAAUGGAGAAGUUGCGGAAGCGAUGGUGCAUGUACCGAAAGAGAAGAGCAAGAAGUUGGAUGCACAAGUCGAAGAACUGUGUGUUUGAUGGUUAUCCCGAUCACAAGAAAGGAUACAAAUUUUACGACAGUGUCUUCAUGAGCAUUGUUGUUAGUCGAGAUGUCAAAUUCUUGGAGAGUCAGUUACUUAAAGAUAGUUUCCUUGUCACUGAACUGUCAGGAGGAGAAGAGUUUUCUAGCCAGCAGAAACAGAUUACGACAGAAAUUGUGCAAGAUGAAGAAGGUGCCAAGACAAUACCAGACGAUACCACUGUGGUUCAGGAGGAGCCAGUACUUGAAACAGUGACUGAAGAACCACAAGUGCAGCCGACGUACGAGAGAACGUUUAUGAAUUCACUUGGAAACCUACCAGACAAGCGAAGAAGGAAGCCCGCAGCAGUGUGCUGUGUCGCGAAUGAGGUAGUCAAAGAAUCGAAGACACUGAAGUCAGCUCUCAUUUCCGCACACUCUGAGGAGUGGAUGAAAGCAGCGGAAACUGAGUUUCAGUCUCUUACGAAGAUGAAGACGUGGCAAUCAGUUCCUCGAGAGACGAUAGCAACAGUUCUUGAAUUGUCCGUUCAUCAAUUGGACGUGAAGACGGCAUUUCUGAAUGGAGAUCUGGAAGAAGAAAUCUUUCAGAAGCAGCCAGAUGGGUUCGUGGAUGAAGCUCAUCCAGAGUGGGUUUGUCGUUGGUUACGGAGUUUAAUUGGCUUGAAACAAGCAUCAAGUUGCUGGAAUCUUAAGUUAGACGAGUUUCUGAAGCUAACUGGGUUUACUCAGUUGAAUGCUGACUCGUGUGUGUACAUACAAAAGUUCGAUGGAGACGUGUUUGUUUUUAUCCUUGUUUAUGUCGACGACAUGAUAGUAGUUUCCAAUAAUUUUGAAGCGUUAUUGCAGCAGAAAAGAAAAUUAGCGAGCAGAUUUGAUCUUGUUGAUCAAAGAGAAGUACAUCAUUUGUUGGGAAUGACCAUCAACAGAGACAGAGAGAAGCGUUCUUGUAAGAUUAGUCAGAGAAGUUGUGCAGUCAGUGUAGUCCACAAGAUCGGGUUGGAAGAAUGCAAUCCUGCUGCCACACCGAUGGAAGCCAAAUUAAAGCAACAAAAGCUUGAUGAAAGUGAGACAGAGAAGUUACAGUCUAGUUAUCAGCCUGCAGCUGGCUCGUUGCUUUAUUGA